UUUUCUCCGGAAGUGUAGGAAAAAGAACUCAAACUGUUCGACAACGGCUUGAAGUUGGAUAUUUCCAGCUACCCCCACAUGAACAUUCGGAUGGGUACGAAGGGCAAGCGACCUUUGCGUAGCUUGACCCCGCGGGACAAAAUCCAUGCCAUACAGCGCAUACACGAUGGCGAGUCGAAGGCAUCUGUGGCCAGGGACAUUGGCGUUCCCGAGUCUACGCUUCGCGGCUGGUGCAAGAAUGAGGAUAAGCUGCGCUUCAUGUCGCGCCAGUCGACAACAGAUAAGAUGUGCGCCGACGCGCUUGCCGAUAAGCUUGAUGUCUCUACAGGGCUGCUGGGACCACCCGAGAAGAGGCAGCGCAUCGAUCCCUCCCUUCCGCUGAACUUCUCAAACAAAAUGAAAUUCGAUGAGCUCGGCUUUAAGCGCGCCCCCCUCAACGGCUUAGACUAUAGUACAAACAAAAAUAUCUCCGAAUUGAAUUAUAAUGGGCUAGCCGUUGAUUAUGUGGGAUUCAAUGGUCAGCAUAAAGUAUUCAGUGGCGAUAUCAACCGACCCGCAAAUCCCUCCCCAAACGCCAUAAGUCCCCUAUCAAGUUUGACUCACCUAUCUGGUCUCACCGGCCUAUCGCAGUCUCCGCUGGCUAUAAGUUUCAAUGAACUAACCACAAACCUAAAUUUAUUGGCACAGCUGAAUCCCAGUCUUGCGGCAAUGUCAGGGCUGAAUAGUUUUCCAACAACUGCCAACAACUUGCGAAAUUCAAAACCGAGUGUACAGCCUCCGCUGCAAGUACAAAGCCCACGCAGUGAUAGUGGCGACCGAACACCCGGACUGUCCGUCAAGAACUGGGCUAAGCAAAAACCAUUAUCGGCCGUGUCAAGCGAUGUCAGUUGCAGCAUUAACUUGACUAUUAAAAACGAAGCAAAAGGAGGAGACAUCAAAAGUCCAAGUCCAUCAAUAGCACCCUCACAUGUAGGUAGUAUCAUCUCACUGUCUAAUUUGGCUGAGGACCCACUGCUUUACUGGCUAAAGUCUCAGCAGACGAUGCUCGGACUGAACAGCCUAUAUCCGCCAAUGGGGAUGACAAGUCCACCAAUACGCUCCUCCACGCCACAGCAUAUAAUCCAACACGCACAAACACCACCACUACCGUCUGCGCCAUUGACACCUUCAUCGACUCCAUCUGGCAGUCUCGACGAGAAGAACGUGGCUUGGUAUAACUGGUGCAAGGUUUUUGGAGCUAGCCUUAACACUCUUAACAACCCAAACUCAGCGACGCUAGCUGCAUUGCAGGCCAAUUCAUUGCAACACCAGCAUCAGCCUAUAUCGGCUGUAUCUGACGGCACUGAUAUAGCCGAUACGUCGAAAGGACCUUUUGAUAAUAUUCUCUACUCACAUCUCACAAAGGAGUCUGAAACCCCGUCGGUCCGUAGCCUAUCAUCAAACGAGCACAAUCAAAUGGACCAGAUAGAAGGUGAUGAGGUGACAGACCCGGACCUGGAUGCAGAGAUCGAAGGCGACGUUCCCGGUAAGCCGGAAGAUUUGUCAGCAUCCGCAAAGCGAAUAACUCCAUCUCAAAGUCCGAUAGCAUCAUUAGUUCCGGAAAGCCAUACUUCUGAACCUUGUACUAAAACGAGUACCACCCCGUCUGACUGUAUAAGUAGACCCGGAAGCGUGGGUGGGGAUUGCAAAAAGAUCCUCGACAACAUGCUAUACAAAAUUGGGGGCAUCAAAUCCCAUAUGCCCAUUAUUGUAGAUACGGCCUGCGAAUCAGAAGCAAGUUUUAUCAAUGAACACACUCAACACUCCAACAACAACGAUAUUAGCGCCAGCAACAACAACAAUAACAACUCAAAUAAAACUGAUGAAGAAGAGAAGGCAAAAUAUUUAGAUUUAACUGGCGACAACGAAGACGUAAAGGCCAUCAGGCAUGGCGAGAAGUUUCUACAGUGGCUGGAAAACUGCAGUAAUCCUCGGGUAACCGCUGUGCAACUUAUGCAGCUGAGAUUUUUGAUCGCAGCUAUAAAAUCCAGCAACGAGCCUCAAGUUACAGAGAAACCAAAUAAGGACCUGCUGGAAAACGAGGAAAACACUGAGGAAGACUCAUGCAGGAAUAAGAUCAGACGCCGAAAAUAGGACAAGCCCAAGUUGGCGCCUUCGGAGCCAGCCACGGAUAUUCAUAUAACGAAUGCACAGCAGGAAGCAAUCGCCAAACGCACUUACGGCUCGAAACGCUCACGGCUAGGACUACCAUACGUAGGAAUUGGCAGUCUUGGUAACACACCGGCAACUUUAAGGUGCCAGACAACUUCACCUGCUGUUUACCAAUCAUCGGCCACCCUAUUGAGCUCACUGUUCUUCCCUCCCUAUGAAUUUGUACAUUGUGACCUCGAUGAUGACCCGAACGACUGCCAGAUAAUAGGCGAGUAUCAGCAGUACGAUGAACUAAGUUCCAGCAGUUAGAACGAACCUUAAUUUUAUUACGGAAUCCUUACAUAUAAUACAUUACAUUCGCUUCACGCUGUGCGUCUACAGACUAUUUGGUUUUCUGUUGGUAACCUAACUCAAAACAUCAAC